AUGCAAGAGGAGCCUCUAUUCGAACAAAGUCCAGACUUAGUCAGCCGGGAACAUGACCUACUCAACUUCAGAGUGCGGGCUUUACAGGAAGUUAACAAUAGACUAAGCAAACCCGACACGCAGACCAGUGAUUCCACUCUGAUGUGUGUCAUCUGUCUGCUGCUCUCUACAAUGCAGCAGUCUGCUUAUACUGAUUGGAGGCUUCAUCUGGAAGGCACGAGGCGCAUCAUUCAGAUGAGGGGUGGGCUGAAGGAGAUCGUGAGCAGGAACGCCUUCUUCAAACCAUUAUUGGCUUUUUUCGUUGUUAUUGAUGUCAUGGCAGCAACUACGACACCAUCGACCCACAGGUACAUGUAUCGAGCAACCAAAAUGGCGCUCCACUAUUGGGAAGUUGAACCUGGCUUCUUCCAGUCCAAUCUUGCCAUUAGCGCACCAUGUCCCGAAGAGCUAUUCCAGGUUCUCAUACUCACCAAUUAUCUUCGGGCAAUCUCUUCAAAACCAGAGCUCGCCUCAAAACGACACGCUGGAACACGCAUGGUUUUGGAAAAACUUGACUCAUUCUCAGCUCCCAAAUGGGCUCUGAAAAUGAAAGGGUUCAGGGGUUGGCGGCCCAGUGGUGAUGGGGUCCAGUUCGACAACGUUGAAGCUUCUUCCUCGCCGCCGACAUACGUCCCAUCGCAAAAAGACACAACACCCAAGUCAGCCGAAUCUUCUCCGGAGUCUCUUGUCAAGGUAGAAGAGACGUCGCCAAUUGUAAUUGAAGCCCAAGAAUCAGACCUCUGGCUCAACAUUGGAAUUAUCUACCAUUCCGCUAUAUCCCUCUACGCAACCCGAACCUUGAUCAUCGAUUUACCCGAGGACAAGGACUUUCUUUCCAGCAGGGAUGCCGCCAAACCCGACCUCGAAACCAUGCGGCGUGAAAGUCGGCAGGCGCUCGCUGAUUGCUUGACGCCUAUCUUCUCCGACCCAGUCAACGCGCAUCAGCUUGGGAAGCUGGUGUACUUUCCUAUGUUCGUCUGCGGCAUGGAGGCAAAACCCGACGAGGAAGAUUUACAGAACUUUGUGGUCAACGGGCUCCAGAUGGUCGGGCGGGCUUGUGGGACACUAGGUCCGAUCUCUGCAGCCGACGAGCUCAGAGGCUACUGGGCUGCCUGUGAAAGAAAAGAAGACGGCGGGCACGUCUCUUGGGAUGAGUAUUUCGGAGACCGGCCAGACUUUAUCUUCGGGUUUUGA